CGCUGGCGAUGCGAGUCGUCGCUGCUUCUGUCGCGGUCCGGAACCGGGGAGCGCCGAUUGGGAGCGGUCCCGAGUCCCGCGGGGAAGCGUCGAACCCCGGCAAGCGGUGAAAUCGAGGCCGGGGAUUGGGCGCCGCCCGUCGUCCAUGGAGGCCGCAGCUGGAGAAGGGCAGCCCGAGGCGCUGAGUUGCUUCUCCUAUAACCAGGAUUGCACUUCCCUGGCAAUUGGAACCAAAACUGGAUACAGACUUUUUUCCUUGAGUUCUGUGGAGCAGCUGGAUCAGGUCCAUGAAAGCAAUGAAAUCCCAGACGUUUACAUUGUGGAGCGCCUCUUCUCGAGCAGCCUGGUGGUGGUGGUGAGCCGCACGAAGCCUCGGCAGAUGAAUGUCUACCACUUCAAGAAAGGGACGGAAAUUUGCAACUACAGCUAUUCUAGUAACAUCCUCUCCGUUCGGCUCAAUCGGCAGAGACUGAUUGUUUGCCUGGAGGAAUCUAUUUAUAUUCAUAACAUUAAGGAUAUGAAGCUUCUGAAAACCAUCCUGGACACCCCUCCGAACACAACAGGUUUAUGUGCACUUUCUAUCAAUCAUUCCAAUUCCUACCUGGCAUAUCCCGGUAGCACCACUGUCGGCGAGAUUGUGCUGUAUGAUGGAAACAACUUGAAAGAUGUCUGUUUAAUUUCUGCCCACGAUGGACCCCUUGCUGCCCUGGCUUUCAACUCCACAGGAUCGAAACUAGCGAGUGCUUCUGAAAAAGGAACUGUCAUUCGCGUGUUUUCCAUCCCCGAAGGAGAAAAGCUCUACGAAUUCAGAAGAGGGAUGAAGAGGUAUGUGAACAUCAGCUCUCUGGUGUUUAGCAUGGACUCACAAUUCUUAUGUGCAUCAAGCAACACUGAGACGGUGCACAUCUUCCGGUUGGAACAUCUCACAGACAGCCGACCAGAGGAACCACCAUCCUGGAGUGGCUACAUGGGCAAGAUGUUCAUGGCUGCCACCAACUACCUCCCUUCUCAAGUGUCAGGCAUGAUGAGCCAGGACCGGGCCUUUGCCACGGUGCGCUUGAACUUCUCCGGACAAAGGAACGUCUGUGUGCUCUCCACGAUCCAGAAAUUGCCACGGCUCUUAGUCACGACGUCUGAUGGACACCUUUACCUCUACAACCUGGACCCUCAAGAUGGAGGGGAGUGCGUUUUAAUCAAGACUCACAGCUUGUUGGGUUUGGGGAAGACAGAAGAGAACAAAGAAAAUGACCUGCAACCUCCGGUUCCUCAGACUUAUGCCGCAACAGUAGCCAGGCAAAGUUCUGUGCCUUCACCUUCUAUGAUGCCAGGCUACUCAGAAGAUGGAGGAGCCCUCCGAGGAGAGAUUAUACCGGAGCAUGAAUUCGCCACUGGGCCUGUGUGUCUGGACGAUGAAAAUGAAUUUCCACCUAUAAACUUAUGCCGUGGAAGCCAGACGAGAAAAGGGAAGAGGUCAUGAGGAGUGGCAAACAGCAGAGCACAGAGCUGCGGAUGGGAGGUAGUUUGGAGAAUUUUAAAAAAAAAACAUAAACGGGAAUAUGGAAGAGCCCACAAGUGAGGGAGAAGCCAGAGGCCCUCCAAUGCUAUUAACACAGUAUGUUUGGGGGGGAGGUGGGGUUAGCUGACCUUUUCUGGCCCUUCAUGUGUGUUUUUUAAAGUACUACGUGGGUAUCAAUGUACUGUAUAUUCACAUUGCUCUAUAUGUGAGAACAACAGUGUAAAUGUUAUCCUGAUCGGAGUUGUAUGUAACCUGAAUUUUAUAUACACGCCUACCCCUUUUUCUAAUUUAUGUUAUGUAUAAAUGUACUUAUAGAAAAGUAUAUUGAUCUUUGUCUUUGUACAGUGCAUAAUAUUUUACCCUUGCAGAAUAUUUUUGCAGUGACCUACUAAGAAAACAAAAAGAACCCCAAUUUAUUAUGUUGGAGCUCUGCUGGAAUACCUAUUAAUAAAGUCAUACAAAAUAAAGAAGGUUCCUAUGUGGUGUUUAGAGGAAAAAAAACUGAUCUCCAUUUUCAAAACUUCUGGGGGUUUACUAUAUCUUGAUUUUUGGUAACUGUGGCUGGUUAGGAUCAACUUCAACAAUAUUUCCCUGAGAUGCUUAAGCCACAACCAGAUGUUAUG